UCGCGCUAUAUCGAUUGAGCAUGCGCAUCAACGCAAGUUGAGCAUGCGCAUCAAUGCAAGUUGAGCACGCACACGUCUACAGUCGAAGAAAAUGGCAAGAUACGCAAUAGUGCACUGGGAGGACCAUUUUGUGAGUUUAAUCAACUUAGAAAACGUAAAAGAACCAAGAAAACCUGUACAGAAGUAUAAAGUGGGAGAUUAUAUCACAGCUACAUACGGAAAAAAACCAUAUAAAGCCCGAAUUUCUGAAAUAUCUGGUAUCAAGAUAAGAAAGUUGGAAAAAAAGUAUAAGGAGUUGGAGAGGGAUGUUACACGUUUAAAGAAGAAGAUGAAGGAUUCCAGUGAUGAUCAGGGCUCCUCAACCAGCAGUGAAUUGACCACGAUAAAUCCAGGACCCAAUUCAGAUGAACUUCUGAAAGGAGUGUCGCAUUUAUCAACAAGUGAUCUGGCGGUCGUCCUCAGGACAUUAGUACAUAAAGCUUUUACUACAGAAGAAGUUCUCGGCUGCUCCAGGACAGGCAAAAAAACAGUAAAUUCUGGGGAAACCCCCAGACCAGCAUUAAAUAAAGAUAAGUUUGAGGCUCUUCAAACAGCAGUUAUGAAAAAAUGUCAAAUAAGUAUCGAUGUAUUUAAGAAAAAAUUUGAUAAUUUUUUAAAAAUGGAAAGGAGGAAGAAUCGAACCUAUCCAGCUGUUCUUAAUCAGUAAGCUUGUAUCCUUGAUAAGAUGUGUCUCGGUCCAGAUUUGUAUGACACUAAGUUAUCAGUACGUGUUAUAUUUGACUUCAAUACAGUUAAUAAAACUUUGACAAUUUUAGUUCUUUAUAGUUUUUACAGCAAAGACUAAUCCUGUUGUAAGAGAAAAAAAGGAAGAACGACACAGAAGGUAUUAGGAGAGGAAUUUCUAGUAUUAUAUACUGGAAGAGUGAAUGAAUUGUUCUAGAUCAUUAACUGGUAACUGUGAUGUUCUAGAACAGUUCAGGAAAACUAGAAGAUACAGGUCAGGAAGUCUAAUUCUAAAACUGCUCCAGAACAAUUCUGAUUUUGUUCCUUAUCUGAGUUCAAAGGGACAGUUCUAGACAUUUAGUACCAGAACGUUAAAUAUAAUGGCAAUCCCAUGUCUCAUUUAACAUACCAGAACUGUUCCAGACCUGUUCUCGGUAAUUUUGUUCUGGUAUUUUUGUUCUAAACCAAUCCCUGUCCCUGGUGUUCUAAAAGAAUCCCUGAUCCUGGCUGUUCUAGAACUGCUGUGCCUAGGACUUGUUCAUGAACUCCUUUGUUCUGGUACAGUUCAAGUAAUGUCUCAUUUAACAUACUUUAACGUUCUAGUAAUGCACCACAUAAGUAAUGGAACACUUGAAGGAUAUUUCAGGGUGUUCUUAUCCAAAAGUACUAGAAAUAUUCUGGGACAAUUCUAUAAAAGUUCAAGAUGUUUUCGCAGGGGGACCAGUCAGCAACUUGAAAGAAUCCUGCUAUACUCGUGUGUUUGUGCCAUACAAUAACUCAAUUGUACUUAACGGUCAAGAUGUGUUAACCUCUGUCAGCAACACCUCAGAGCCUUGCAGUUACAAUAAGCCUGUGCGAGUAAGCAACUCGAAAGAACCCUAGUGUCAUACUCGUGUGUUUGUGCCAAAUAACAAAAUUUCGAAUGUAAUUCUUUGAGAUUUUGGAUCAACUGUUCUAAUAAUGAUGACUGUGCUAUUCAAAAUCUCAACACUCUUAGCCUAUGAUCUUUUCUCUCAGAUUCAGAGUUUGAUGAUUUGUGGAUUCAAAGGAGAAUAUAUAAACAUAAUUUGCUGUGGCUCGGAAUUACCAUAGUGCUUAACAGUAAUCUUAUUACAGUUUAUUUCUAGUCAUCAUGAUCUAUUGUUUUGAAAUAUUAAUUAAGCUCUGAUUUUAAUUAUAUAAUUUUACCUAAAUUCAAAUCUUUGUCAGAAAUUCAUCUGUUACGUUAUUUUGCUUUUUACAUAUCUAUACACAUGGGAAAAUAGCAGUCAGAAUUCCAAAGAUAUUGAUUUUUACAUAAACAUGUAUCUGUUAUUUAUGUAUGUAGCAUUCUGUUCCUAUGAUAUAUUUUUGAUGUAUGAAAUUCAAAAGCCUAUUGAUGGAAUUUCCAUUCUUGUGUUUUGAUCAUGUUUUGUUAAAAGUGUUUGGAAAACGUUUUCUUUCUCAAGUUUUGAUUAUAUUUUGUUACAUACGAUUUGAUAGUAUUUUGCUUUUAAGAUCUCAUGUAACAAAACAUUUUCAAAACACUAUUUUGAUAGUAUUGUGAAACAAUGUUUUGUUAGUAUUUUAUUGAUAUUUUGUUACCUCAUUUGCAUAUGGUUUUCAAAACACUACUGCAGUAUUUUGAUGAUAUUUUGAAAGAACGUUUUGUUAGUAUUUUGUUGAUGUUUUGUUACCUCAUUUGCAUGUGAUUUGCUGUACUAUUAAAACGUCUUCAAAACGCA